AUGGCAACUGAUCUUCAGAAGCGCAUGAGGCUGCGAAGCCCCGAACUCAAUGAUCAAACCCUGGCUUCCACAGCGCAUGCGAUCGGGCCUCAACAAGACCAGCUGGAGAAGUACAUUCCCAAGUGUCUCGUGUACGCCCUGCUGUGGUCGUUUGCGGGUGACGGCCGUCUGAAGGUGCGCUCUGAGCUGGGCGACUUCAUCCGCAGCGUGGCCACGGUGUCCCUGCCAGCCAACACAGGCAUGCCCAUCAUUGACUAUGAGGUGUCUCUGUCGACGGGCGAAUGGACCCCCUGGCAGAGCAAGGUGCCUCAGGUGGAAGUGGAAACUCACAAGGUGGCCGCGCCUGACGUGGUGGUGCCCACGGUGGACACUGUGCGCCACGAGGCCCUCCUCUACACGUGGCUGGCCGAGCACCGGCCCCUCGUGCUGUGCGGUCCGCCCGGCUCCGGCAAGACCAUGACCCUCUUCUCCGCUCUGCGCUCGUUGCCCGACAUGGAGGUGGUGGGCCUCAACUUCUCCAGUGCCACCACCCCCGAGCUGCUGCUAAAGACAUUCGACCACUACUGCGAGUACCGGCGCACCCCGAACGGCGUGGUGCUCUCCCAUCAGUUGGGCAAGUGGCUGGUGCUCUUCUGCGACGAGAUCAACCUGCCCGACAUGGACAAGUACGGGACGCAGCGUGUGAUCUCCUUCCUGCGGCAGCUGGUGGAGCAUGGAGGCUUCUACCGAACCACAGACCACACCGGGGUCCGUCUGGAGCGAAUCCAGUUCGUGGGCGCAUGCAACCCACCCACGGACCCGGCCGAAAGCCAGCUCCACAACAGGUUCCUACGACAUGUGCCCGUGGUCUACGUCGACUACCCGGGCGAGACGUCGCUCAAGCAGAUCUACGGCACCUUCAACCGCGCCAUGCUGCGCAUGGUGCCUUCGCUCAGAGCCUACGCAGAGCCCCUCACUGCUGCCAUGGUGGAGUUCUACCUCUUGUCUCAGGAGCGCUUCACCCAGGACAUGCAGCCGCACUACGUGUACAGCCCGCGUGAGCUGACCCGCUGGGUGCGGGGCAUCUGCGAGGCUCUGCGGCCACUCGAGACGCUACCCGUCGAGGGGCUGGUGCGCAUCUGGGCACACGAGGGACUCAGACUCUUCCAGGACAGACUGGUUGAGGAUGAGGAGCGUGCCUGGACAGAUGAGAACGUGGAUGUGGUGGCUCUGAAGCACUUCCCCAACAUCAACCAGGAUGAGGCACUGGGGCGGCCCAUCCUCUACAGCAACUGGCUCUCCAAGGACUACGUUCCCGUCAAGCGAGACGAGCUGCGGAACUACGUCAAGGCCAGGCUCAAGGUUUUCCUUGACGAAGAGGAGCUGGAUGUGCAGCUGGUCCGCAACGAGGUCCUUGACCGUGCUCCGCAUCGACCGUUCCGGCAGCCACAGGGUCACCUUCUGCUGAUCGGCGUGAGCGGCGCGGGCAAGACGACGCUGUCGCGCUUUGUGGCCUGGAUGAACGGCCUGAGCGUCUUCCAGAUCAAGGUCCACAACAAGUACACCGCGGCGGACUUUGACGAGGACCUGCGGUCGGUGCUGCGCCGGGCCGGGUGCAAGGCCGAGAAGAUCUGCUUCAUCCUGGACGAGGGCAACGUGCUGGAUUCGUCCUUCCUGGAGCGCAUGAACACCCUCCUGGCCAACGGCGAGGUGCCCGGCCUGUUCGAAGGGGACGAGUACGCGGCCCUCAUGACCCAGUGCAAGGAGGGCUCGCAGCGCGAGGGACUCAUGCUGGACUCGAGCGAGGAGCUGUACAAGUGGUUCACGGGGCAGGUGAUGCGCAACCUGCACGUCGUGUUCACCAUGAACCCGUCCUCCGAGGGACUCAAGGACAGGGCGGCCACAUCUCCAGCACUCUUCAACAGGUGUGUCCUGAACUGGUUUGGUGACUGGUCAGACGACGCCCUCUUCCAAGUGGGCAAAGAGUUCACCUCCAAGCUGGACAUUGACCGGACCAACUAUUCGGUGCCUGCGGAGCACUUCCCAGUGGCCGUGCCUGGCCUGAGGCUGCCCCCUGACCACAGGAGCGCCAUCGUUAAUGCCUUUGUGUACGUGCACCAGACGCUGCACAGGGCGAGCAGCCGGCUCGCCAAGCGUGGCGCCCGGUCCAUCACCAUCACGCCCCGCCACUACCUGGACUUCAUCAACCACUACGUCAAGCUGUUCAAUGAGAAACGCUCAGAGCUGGAGGAGCAGCAGCUCCACCUCAACGUAGGCCUGCAAAAGAUCCGCGAGACAGUCGAGCAGGUUGAGGAGCUGCAGAAAUCGCUGGCACUCAAGUCGCGUGAGCUGGAGGCCAAGAACCAGGCUGCCAAUGCCAAGCUCAAGGAGAUGCUGAAAGACCAACAGGAGGCCGAGAAGAAGAAAGUGCAGUCGCACGAGAUCCAAGCUCAGCUCAGGAAACAAGAAGAAAUCAUCGCCGAGAAACGUGCCAGUGUCAUGGCUGACCUGGCACAAGUCGAACCCGCUGUCAUUGAAGCACAGCAGGCGGUGAAGUCUAUCAAGAAGCAGCACCUGGUGGAGGUUCGGUCGAUGGGCAACCCACCAUUUGCGGUCAAGAUGGCCCUCGAGUCCAUCUGCCUGCUGCUCGGAGAGUCGACGACCGACUGGAAGGCCAUUCGCUCUGUCAUCAUCCGCGAGAACUUCAUCAACACCAUCGUCAACUUCAGCACGGACGAUAUCACCGAUGACAUCCGGAACAAGAUGAAGACCAAAUACCUGAACAACCCCGAGUUCAACUUUGAGAAGGUGAACCGUGCCAGUCUUGCCUGUGGGCCCAUGGUCAAGUGGGCCAUUGCUCAGAUCAACUUUGCGGACAUGCUGAAGCGUGUGGAGCCCCUGCGCAACGAACUGGCCAGCCUAGAAGCUGAGGCAGACAGCAACAAGCACAAUGCCGAAGAAAUCGACUCGGUCAUCGUGCAGCUGGAGAAGAGCAUUGCCUCUUACAAGGAGGAGUACGCCAACCUUGUGUCGCAGGCACAGGCCAUCAAGACCGACCUGGCCAACGUCCAGGCGAAGGUGGACCGCAGCAUUGCCCUGCUGAGCAGCUUGAGCUCUGAGAAGCAGCGUUGGGAGGACACAAGCGAGACCUUCAAGAACCAGAUGUCGACCAUCUCCGGCGACGUUCUUCUCGGCUCAGCAUUCCUGGCGUACGCUGGCUACUUUGACCAGCAGUACCGACAGAACCUCUUCAACAACUGGUGCGCCCACCUGCAACAGGCAGGCAUUCACUUCCGCCUCGAUCUGGCACGCACAGAGUACCUGUCGACGGCAGACGAACGCCUCCGCUGGCAAGCGAAUGCAUUGCCAACUGAUGACCUUUGCACAGAGAACGCCAUCAUGCUUAAGCGGUUCAACCGCUAUCCACUCAUCAUCGAUCCAUCCGGUCAAGCCACCAAGUACAUCCUCAAUGAGUUCCGAGAGCGCAAGAUUACCAAGACCAGCUUCCUAGAUGACUCCUUCCGGAAGAACUUGGAGAGUGCGUUGCGUUUCGGCAACCCAUUGCUUGUUCAGGAUGUGGAGAGCUACGACCCGAUCCUGAAUCCAGUGCUGAACAGAGAAGUUCGCAAGACGGGUGGCCGUGUCCUCAUCACGCUCGGUGACCAGGACAUUGACUUGUCGCCCACGUUCUGCAUUUUCUUGUCCACCCGGGACCCAACCGUGGAGUUCCCACCCGACCUUUGUUCGAGGGUAACCUUUGUCAACUUCACAGUGACCCGGAGCAGCUUGCAGAGCCAGUGCCUGAAUCAGGUCUUGAAGGCGGAGCGAGAGGACAUUGACGAGAAGCGCUCGGACCUCCUGAAACUUCAGGGAGAGUUCCAUGUGCGGCUGCGGCAGCUGGAGAAGUCUCUCCUCCAGGCCUUGAAUGACUCGAAAGGCAGGAUUCUGGAUGACGACAGUGUGAUAAGCACGCUAGAGAAGCUCAAGAACGAGGCGGCCGAGAUUUCGCGCAAGGUGGAAGAGACGGACAAGGUGAUGGCCGAGGUGGAGGCCGUCUCCCUCCAGUACCAGCCCCUGGCCCAGGCUUGCUCCUCCAUUUUCUUCACCCUUGAGGGUCUCCACCAGGCCCACUUCCUGUACCAGUACUCACUUCACUUCUUCCUGGAGAUCUAUAAUGACGUGCUGACCAACAACAGCCACCUGACGGGAAUAGUGGACCACACCUCACGACUCGGCAUCAUCACUAAGGACCUCUUCCAGGUGGUGUACACCAGGGUCACCCGGGGCAUGCUUCACGAAGACAAGUUGGUCUUUGCCUUGCUCCUUUGUCGAAUCCACCUCAGGGGAUUCUCUCAGGAAACCAACUUCGAGCAUGAGCUGAACCACCUGCUUCGAGGCAAGGAAGGCAUCCUGCCGGGUCAGCCAACCAUCCACGUUGCCGGUCUGUCACCUGACCAAUUAGAGGGCGCCACCGCACUGUCGAGACUGCCCGCAUUCCGCAGCCUCCAGCAACGCCUGGACGAGCAUCCGGACUUCCUGGGAUGGGUGGAGAGCACUGCUCCAGAGCGUGACGUGCCCGUCCUGUGGGAGGAGGGUUCGCGACCCCUGACCUCCGUGGGGCAGGCCAUGCACCAGCUUCUGGUGAUCCAGGCCUUCCGCCCAGACCGGGUCAUCGCCCAAGGCCACCAGGUGGUGACCUCCGUGCUUGGCAACGACUUCACCUCGGCCUCCGAAACAGAGCUGGACCUGGCUGCCGUCGUCGACAACGAGGUGAAGGCAGGCACUCCGAUCCUGAUGUGCUCAGUGCCUGGCUACGAUGCGAGUGGCCGGGUGGACGACUUGGCUGCCGAGCUGGGUCGCAGCAUCACAUCUCUGGCCAUGGGCUCGGCCGAGGGCUUCAGCCAGGCUGAGAAGGCCAUCAACGCUGCCUCCAAGAAUGGACGGUGCGUUGUUGAAACAGUUGCUCACUCUUUAGGAGGAGCAAAAGGACACGAGAGCCUUUAUCCUCAAAAGACUCGGCAGUACUGAGGCAGUUAGGUUUCA